GAACGCUGAGCUUGGCCCAACUACACGACAUUUUUCCGACAUCCUCCCCAAAACACCACAAACCCCCAAAUUUCAUUCAAAGACACCAAAAUGGCCAAAGGCGCACGAGCAAGUAGCAAAAAGGCGAACCGCACAAAGCUUCGCGCUCGAGUCUUCGGCCCUGUCGAAGCCGCUCGCGCUGAGCGUCUGCACGCCAAACUUCUCGAGACGAUUCAGCAACCCAAGCCUGAAAAGACGCAAAUGGACACCACCCAAGACACCAACACCACCGACGACGCAUCCAAGGAGGAGGACUUGCCCAAAGAUAUGGACGUCGACGGUGCCACCACCACCUCCUCUGAGGCCAAGAACUCGCGCAAGAACAAGGACAAGAGUCAGUCGCGCAAACAACUUCGUCGCAAGCCCCAGAACAAGGUUUCUUUUCCUGCCUCGCGUGGCAAGGGCGCCCUCAAGCCUUUUACCGGUGGUCGUAGUGGCGGUCGCAUUGGCAAACGACGAUCAUGAUUUACAAUGUCCACGUUAUUGGCGUUGAUGGAUAGCAUUUUCUGGCGUUUAAAAUAUUUAGCUUUUCGGUAAAAGGUUUCAUCUUUUGUAGAGAUACCACGUCCACGGACAUGUCUGUUUUGAGCUAAAAUCUGAGAAUCCAUUUACAUGUACACGUG